AUGGAGAGCAGCACUCGUCCCCUCGACGCCAUCGCCAGAGACGCGCAACACCCAUGCGAAUCCAACCCCGCCGCCGCGGCGACCGACGACCCCUUUCAGAACCGACCGUCGAAACGCCGCAAGACUGCGACGGCCACAAGCGCUUCUGAUCGGCCCUGCGACAUCUGCCGCAGGCGCAAGCUGCGGUGCGUCAGGGAGCCGGCCAACGAAAAAUGCUUCCUUUGCGCCUUCAACCAGCAGCCGUGUACCUUUGUCGAGCAGCCACAAAGGCGCAAGCGGCCGAGGCGCCUUGUCGACGCUGCACCGCCUGCUGGGACCAGCACGGUUGGGCUGUCUGCGGGGUUCGAGGUGGACAGGCCACCAGCAGCAGCAGCAGCAACAGCAACAGCAACAAUGGAUGAGAGGCACGGCGAUGCGACCAGCGAACAUACUGUCAUGGUGAAUUUCAGGGCCCGCACGACCACUACGUCGGCAGCGGCGGCGGCGGUGGCGGCGGCGGCGACUUCACCACCCGCCCCGGAAUCACCAGCGUCGCUGCUCAAUAGAACCUUGGGCCUACACAAGACCACCCAUUCAGUGUACAUUGGGCCGAGCUCGCUGCAGGAACCGCGGCUGCUCGGACGCCAAGACACAGCGUCCUUCCCCCCUGGGAAGCAAAGCAUCCGAUACCGCCGGAUGGACCCCUCCACCGUCUUCAUCUCGAGUCCGGAUCAGCUCCCCGGCGAGGAGGAGAGCGUGCUCGACGCCAUCGAGUCCCUGGUGCGCCCGAGCGGCCCCGCCCUCGUCAGCCUCUACUUCCGCAUUGUCCACCCCAGCUACCCGAUCCUGCACAAGGGCGUCUGGCUGGAAAAGUACCGGCGGAGCUACCGGGAGUUCUCCCCGCCUCUGCUGGCCGCCGUGUACGCACUUGCCACCGACUGGUGGGAGUACGACCCGGCCCUUGCGUCACUCGACAAGCCGCCCGUCGACCGGCUCGUCGCCACCGCGACGCAGGCCCUCACCGCCGCCAUGGGCCGCCCCAAGCUCUCUGCCGUCCAGGCCGGCCUGCUCCUGCUGCAGCGGUCGGGCGGCGACUCGUGGGUCCUGACCAGCCAGAUGGUCGCCCUGUCCGAGGAGGUCGGCCUGCACGUCGACUGCAGCUCGUGGGACAUUCCCGACUGGGAAAAGGGCGUACGGCGCCGCCUGGCCUGGGCAGUGCUCAUGCAGGACCGGUGGGGUGCGCUGAUCCACGGCCGCCCGUCGCACGUGUCGGCGAGCCACUGGCGCGCCCCGCCCCUAGAGCUGGGCGACUUCCCCGAAUCGGCCGCCGACGAGGACGACGCCGAGGGCAGUGCAGAGGUUGAGAAUGGCCGGUACCUCUUCAUGCGCCUGGCGCGUCUCACCGAGAUCAUGUCCGAGGCCCACGCGGCCCUGUACGCGCCAUGCCGGGCGGCCCCCGGCGGCGGCGGCGGCGUUGGCGGCGACGAUGACGACGACGACGAUGCGGUCCUCGCGCUGCUGGAGCUGGUCAAACCGACGGCGCUGAAGCUCAAGGACUGGGCGAGCACGCUCCCCGCGGAGCUGCGCAUGGACGACGUGCGGGCGCGCAAGCUGUGCGCCAACGGCUACCUGCACCUCUCGUACUACGCGACCGAGAUCAUGAUCCACCGGCGCGUGAUCCGCAGCCUGACGCCCGACCACGCCGACCACAUCCGGGCCAUCUGCCGCAACGCCGCCAAGACGCGACUCGAGCACGCCACGGCCUUUGUCGAGAAGCUGCGGCCCGAGCACCUGCAGAGCUUCUGGUGGUUCGCCGCGCCAAAGUGCCUGGCUCUCAUCGGCGUCUUUGCCGCCCUCUUGUCCGCCACCGCCCCCGACCCCGCCGAGGCUGCCUUUUUCAAGCGGAGGCUCGACGACUUCCACUGGACCUUGAAGGUCCGCUCCAAGGGCUCCGUGUCCAUGGCUGCGGCGGUUCGCGAGAUGGAAGCUAGCCUCGUGGGCUUGGGCGCAUGA